AUUCGUCUUCCAAGGAUAUCACACCCACACAGUUCAUGGCCGGUUGACCUCCUGAUUUAUGGUCUUUUCUCCUUUUGCUUCCCAAUCUUACGAAGCAAUCAUCCAUCUCUCCUCGGUCUCCGUUGAGUUGCUUCGUUGUUGUUUCCAAUUUAUUUUCUUUUAAGCCCUUGCCUUGUUUAACAAAGAAAGCAGGAAAUGAUUUGGGCUCCAGUGAUUUCCAUCGCGUCCAAACUUGCCGAGUAUCUUUUUCUGCCGAUCAGACGCCAGAUCGGUUAUGUGUUCAACCACAACAGCAACAUUCAGGAGCUGAAAGUUCAAGUUGAAAAGCUCCAAGGUGAAAGACAGAGUGUGCAGCACCGGGUGGAUGAGGCUAAAAGACAUGGGCAAGAUAUUGAGGACAUAGUAGACAAGUGGCUGAAAAGUGUGGAUGAUGCUAAUUUAGAGGUUGGCAAAUUUCUACAAGAUAAUGACACAGCAAAUAUGAAGUGUUUCAUGGGACUGUGUCCCAAUUUGAAGAUGCACUACCAGUUCAGUAGGAAAGCUACAAAGAAGAAGGAGGUGGUUGUUCAAAUCCAAUCAGAAGGGAAAUUUGAUAGAGUUUCCUACUAUACCUCUCCACCUUGGACAGGGCCUUCCAAAGAUUAUGAGGUCUUUGAAUCAAGAACAUUAGUUUUAAAGGAAAUAGUGGGGGUGUUAAAGGAUGAUGAAGUUAAUACGAUUGGGUUGUAUGGGAUGGGAGGCGUUGGUAAGACCACCUUAGUGAAAGAGGUUGCCUCUCAAGUCAGAGAGCAGGGCAUAUUCAGAAAGGUGGUUACAACAACAAUAACCCACGUUGCUGAUAUAAAAAGAAUUCAACAGGAAAUUGCAGAGUGGUUGGGUUGCAAAUUGGUUGAGGAGACGGUUCGUGUACGAGCAGCUCGGUUGAGUGAGCAUCUCAAACGAGAGGAGAAGAUUCUCAUAAUUCUGGAUGACAUUUGGUCGAGAAUCAAACUGGAGGAAAUAGGAAUUCCUUUCGGAAACGGUCAUAAUACAGGAUGCAAGAUAUUGAUGACCUCCAGAAAUCAAAAUGUAUUUUUGGAGAUGGAUGUGUUGAGAGUUUUCCGGCUUGAAGUUUUUCAAGAUAAAGAAGCAUGGCAUUUGUUUCAGAAGAAAGUGGGCAAUGUGAAACAUCCCGAUUUGGCUAUUGAAGUAGCAAAGAGGUGUGCUGGUUUACCUAUUUUGAUUGUGACUGUUGCAACGGCAUUGAAAAAUAAGCAGUUGUUUGAAUGGAAGAAUGCCUUGGAACAACUAAAAAGGUUUGAUGAUAGCGAAAUGGAUGAGCAAGUUACGUCUGCUUUAAAGUUGAGUUACAACUUUUUGAAAGGUGAGGAAAUCAAGUCAUUGUUCUUACUUUGUGGACUACAUGUGUUUCGUAGUUAUCAAGUCGACAACUUGCUGAAAUAUGCUGUGGGCUUGGGUUUGUUCAAACGAAGCAAAACAUUAGAGGAAGCAAGAAAUAGACUUCAUAAAUAUGUUAGUGACCUCAAAGCUUCUUGUUUGUUGCUAGAAGGCAUCCAUAAAGGAGAAAUCAUGAUGCAUGAUGUUGUUCGCAAUUUCGCUAUCUCAGUUGCAUCAACAGAUCAUAAUGUGUUCAUGGUAGCAUAUGAUACUUUAUUGGAAUGGCCGUCAAAGGAUGGGCUUGAACAGUGCUCUGCAAUAUAUUUGCUCCAAUCCGAGAUUCCUGAGCUUCCUGCAGCAUUUGAAUGCCCAAAACUGGAGUCCUUUCUACUCGAUAAUUUUCUACUAGAUGCUAAGUACGCCUUUUUGAAAAUCCCAGAUGGCCUUUUUAGUACAAUGAAAGAACUCAAAGUCCUGGAUUUGACAGGACUGCAUUUAUCAUCUCUGCCUUCUUCACUUCAAUAUCUUCAGAACCUUCAAACAUUAUGUCUAGAUCAUUGUGUUUUGGAAGACAUAGGUGCAAUCGGACAGCUUAACAACUUACAAGUUCUCAGCCUGGCUCUAACAUUGUUCAGCUGCCAAAAGAAAUAG